AUGAACACCAGCAGCAUUCGCAGCACUUCCUCGGAGGAUGCCAACACCACAUCCACAGCCGCAACAGCCGCCCCGCGGUCGCGACCGUGGCCCUUGAGCCGGAGCCGACGCAACAGCGAAAGCUCGCUGCACUCCCUGCAAAGCUUCAAGGACUUUGUGGUGGGCAGCAUCACCCGACGCCGGAACUCAAUCUCAUCCGUCGACAGCAAAUCCUUCAGCGUACUCCGUGCAAACCUGUCUCAGGUUGCUCAUCCUGUCCCAAAUGACGAUGUUGAUGCUGAUAUUAUUGACAACAAAAUCGGUCAGCGGCGUCCAUCGGUACUGCGCAAGAAGCCGCCACCUAGCGUGGUAAGACGAAUGUCAGCACCGGUGUCGCCGGCCACGACCAGCUCGGCAUCAGUGCCGGAAGCUGCUGGGCCUGGGCUGCCGGAAGGGAUGUUUUUCAGGAGCGGUUCUUGUCGAAAUCGAAAGACAGCCACCGAUGUCGUCAAUGCAAACGGCAACCUUGACAACGACAAUAAGAAUGCAGUGGAGAACGCCUCGGAAAAUGCCAGUGCUGUCGCCAAUGGCAACGCCAAUAUGAAUGGGUCCGUCAAGAAGGCGACGGCUCCACCGAAACGACCUAAGACCCGCGCCCUUCCUCUAGGCUGCAAGGCUGCCUCCGAUGCCGCGUUCCCACCACAGAGUCAAAGCAACAAGGGCAUCAUCAAAGGCAAAGAGAACAAGCAACCUCCACCGGCCUUUUACAAUCGUCAGUAUCGCCACAACUUCUCGGCCUCACCCUCGGGAGCCCAGAAGUGGUACACCCUUGGCAACAACAGCAGCAACAGCACCGAGAAUGACACUCCGCAGCCGCUAAGCUCAAACUCUCCACGUUCUCGGACCUCUUCCGCUUCCUCCGGCGGCAGCCUCGGGCUCGCUUCCCAACCACAGCCUACACCCGCACCGACCCCGACUCUGACUCCGACUACGUCGUCACCGCCCCCAACUCGGUCCGUAGACAAGCCUACCAAUACCCCCAAGACUGUCAAAACCUUUCUGCGUCCUCCUAAGUCGAAACUGGAUGUCAUCCCCCUCGCCAUGUAUCCGCCAGAAAAAAAUGGGUCUUCUGGCAUCAGGACGCAGCGGGUCAGCGCACCCGUGGGGUCCCGUUCUAUGGACGAGAUGCCCGUGAUCCAUCGGCCGACCGCUUUCACGGACAGCCCGUCACCGAUACCACCGCCAGGAUAUAACCGUCCCCGACGACUGUCCAACAGCAGCUCCACCUCGACGACCUGCAGUUUCGUGUCUUCCGCCCAAGAGAGUGUCGACAGCAGGAUACGGAGUGCAUCCAUCAGCAGCAGCCAGACGAGCAUCGAUUCCUGGCCGAGCAGUCCCACAAUUGGCGUGAAUGGCCGGCCAGUCUCCUCACCAGCCGGCUGGCCAUGUGGUCCAGCAGGAGCAGGCUCUGGAGGCCCGUGGCAGAGACCUACGCUUCUCAAGUCGUACCGGCGGCGAGCACAGGGCGAGUUGUUUGCAGCUCUCCCCAGCGAGGUGCUGGACAUGAUACUCGAGCAGCUACGCAGGUCGCACUUGAAGAUUGGCAGCAGUAGUUGCCAUACCUGCUGGAUGAGGGACUGCUGUGCGAUUGCGGUUAGCGCACGGAAGUUUCUCAAGCAUGCGCGCGAGGCUCUGUAUCGGGAUAUUGUGCUUGUUGGGCAGGAUGGUCCGGCGCUGAAGAAGAGGACUAAAGCAUCAUUUGGGGCGAGGUUGGUAUUGCUGCGCCGGACGCUCAGGGCGAAUCCGGAUAUUGCGGUUUUGGUCAAGUCGUUGAAACCUCCGGCACGACCGGCGCAUGUUGGAGUAACUGAGUAUAAUGAUUUGGUUGCGUCGGUUGUCAUGGCAUGUCCGAACUUCGAGCGACUGGUUGGGUAUUAUCCGACGUACGAUCAUACCUGGCAACGAUUGUUUCAUGCCUUGUCGACGAGGUCGAACUUGAGGGAUAUGUAUUGGCUUUUGGAGCCGCAACAGGCACAGCGACAACCAACGACACGGAUCAACGGCCAGAACGGCCACCACGAUCAGGAAGGGAUGACACGCGAGCAAGCACAGUGGUUCUUGAGUUACCACUUGAACUGGAAGCAGCUGACCACUCUUGUCGUUCACUGCCAGCCAGGAGCUUCUCUGAGCCCAGCUAACCUUCUCGAAUGCACGAUUCGGUCAUUGCCCUCCCUACAGAACCUCUAUCUCUCCAAACUACCCUCCUCAAGCUUCAACGACAUCCACCUUCUUUCUCUCCCUCCCCUAAAGAAACUCUCCAUCAACCAGUGCCCCGGCGUAACAACCGCGGGCCUCUCCUCUCUCGCGUCACGACCCUCGAUGUCAUGCCUGCAAUCCCUAACCCUCAUACACAUGGACGUUGACUCGCUGCCCGUCAUCGCAAGGAUAUUUUCUUACCUACGAUCCCUCGAAACCUUCACGCUCGUGCAGGCUUUCCCCCCGCAAAUGCCCCCUGACGAUUUCAUGAUGCUCUUCCCUUAUCUGGCCUCACCUUCCCUGCGGAAACUCCACUGGGAUAUCCCCUUCCUUCCGGACACGGCUACCCCAGCGGAUGUUAUUCUCGCAAGGAGUAUCGGAGCCGGUGGGUUCCCGGCUCUGCGGAGCUUGUGUGCCCCGAACGACCCGGAUGGGUUAUUCCAGUCGCUGUGUGCGCCCCGUGAAAGGAUUGAUUAUCCUACGGACCGGUUCCGUCCCAGCACGGCUAACGGGACAGGGACCGGAAGCAGGAGCAGUAGUCCCUGGCUGGGACACCGCCGCAAUACCUCCAGCUUUUCAUCUGUCAACAGCUUAUCCAUGGGUCCCGGCUCGAGCUUCUUCUCCGGCGGCACGCCCCCCGCAAGCCCCCUCUGGCCAUCCACAAAUGCCCCAUCGUCUCCCCGCCGCCCAGGUACCGCCUCCGGCGCACCCUUACCUUCCCCAGCUUGUGCAGCCGCAAGAGACGGAAACAUAAGCAACCUUCAACAAGCCCGGCUCGCAGCUCAAGCCCGAUUGGAAGCAGCACAACGCAUUCCAAGGUACUUCGUCAACGUGAUGGACGAAAACGGGAAAGUUGUCGAGAAACAUGGCGUCGGCGCCUUCCUGGGCACAGUUGAGAGCAAGAUCCGAUAUAUUCUCACACCCGAGCCAGAGACGGGCGCGACGGAUGAGAGCGGCGGGUUGGUGUGUGUGGAGGAUUUGUUGGGGUGUGAUACGGGAGAGUUGAUGUGUGGGAUGGGGGAUGGGAAUGCCAAGAAAGGGGUAAAAGGGGAGAAAGAAAAGGAAGGGAAUGGGGGGAAGGAAGGGUGUACGGGGAAGUGGAACGCGUUUUUGGGAGUUGUUACCGACAAGAAGGAUCGGGAGAGGUGGUGGCAUCAGGAGAGGGUUCGAUGGAGGGGCGUUGUGUUGUCGUGA